UCUUCUGCGUGGUUUAAAUUUUCUGCAAUCUGAAUGCCGAAAGACGCUAUAGUCAGUUUCACAGUGACUAAUGGUGCGGAGAUUUACAGAAGAAAGAUCCAGUAGUCAAUCACCAUUCCUUGUAAAAUUCCCUGUGGAAUACCUGCAAUAAUGAAUUCAUUGGGUCUACAGACAUACGUGGAAUUAUGCCAUUUCCCUUCAUUGGCUCAGUCAAAUAUUUACAACCUAACCUAUAUGCAGUCUGGCAGCAUAAAACAUGAGAAAAAUAAGCAAAAAACCUACGGCCUAUUGGUAGCAUUUCUUCGUCCAGUCAGUGAUCCACUAGCCAGCAAAUAUUGUUUCACUAUACACCACUUUGAUAUAGAAGAUGGUAUUAUUCAACCGCAGACAAAAACGAUUGAUUUCGCCUACUUACCAGGUGCCUCGGACAUAGUCUGUAUCAAUGCCCUACACGAUGAAAUAACUGACGAAUAUUUUGUUGCUGUUGGCUUUGUAAAGGAAGGAGAGAAUGGAUAUCUUAAUAUAUACAGGUCAAGAUCUGAAGAAAAGCUCCCUGAGAAUUGCUUGAGUUAUUCAAAGCUGCCUUGUGUUCCUCUUCACCUGGUUCAUGCUCACUGCUUAAUUAAAGAUGAACUUCAAUGGGCAUUCUUCUUGUCUUUUGGUGAACCAUUCACUGAAACUUCGAAUCAGAGUGAAAGCAAAACUCAACCGCGCAUCAAGAUAUUCUCCAAAUUAUUUGAUACUAAUAUUCUUGAAGAAGCUGAACAUGAUGAAGAGAUAGACAAGUUAGGAUUAAAUCACUCGCAGACAAGUCACUCCAGUGCAACUUAUGGGGAAUUAUCUUUUUCUACAGCUUCACUACUUUUCCCAGAAUUGGCUAAUUUACCGUCUACAUCGAUUUUUCUCAACAUGGAUUUUAAAAUCAUGGAUAAUUUACGACUAUCUGCUUUUGGUUCACAGGAUGGAUGGUUUGGUGUAUUUGCUGUGGAUAUGAAAACUCGUAGAGUUGUACAACAUUUCCACUUUUCGCAUGAAUCACCAAUCACAAGUAUUAAAGUCUUUCAACACUUCAGUACACGUAAUGUCAAUUCAAAAGAUACAGCUACUAAUGGGGAUAAAAAAUCGGAGUUUGUACAAUUGAAAUACAUAAAUUGUUUAGUUUGCUCUGCUUUUGAACUCUCCGUUGUCUAUUGGGAUAUCUUCAAACAUAACGGCUUCGGAUCACAAAAUCAAUAUAUUCUACCAUGUAGUGCAGAUUUUGAUCAUGUCAAUUGUGCAUCAGUUGGGGACUUUAAUUUAGAUGGCAAACCUGAAAUUAUACUUGGAACAUUUGGACAACGAUUAUUGUAUUAUGAAUGGGAAUACAGUGAUACUGAAUUGAAAAAUGGACGCUAUACAUUUAAAUCUCAACGUUCACUACCUGGUCCAGUAUUUUCUAUAUCACCUCCAUUGGAUUUAAUUGGUGAAGGUCUGUUGUCAUUUGCUGUUCUAACUAGUCGUGGCCUGCAUGUAUUUCAACAUGAUGUACAAUGUCUUAUCAAAGAAAUUCAUCAUAGACUGAAUCAGUGUGUUGUUACGCAAUCUGCGAUUUUAAAGACUUAAUUUUUUUUUUACAAAAGCUAUUUUUGAGAAUAGAUCAUUUCUUUUUUUUAAAAUACAAACUCUUUAUCUGUUGA